GCCGCGCUCCUGUCGCUAUCGAGCCGCGCCGUCGCCUCGAGCGCAUUCCAGUCGCGGCGCAGAGCGUGGACGCGGAACAUUCCUGCCGAGGCGAGGUGCGAGGUGGACUCACCCGAGCAGCAGGUCCGUUUGUGACGAAAUAAAUGCCACCAUUCGGCCGCUCGAGUCGCACUACGCCCGCAGGUGCACCGCACCCGGCAUCUACGCAAACAUGGACCGCGUAAAGGAAGCGUUGGAACGGGGACAGUGACGGACUGCGCUCACUUGAAGGCGUGUUCGGGCCAUGGCGGGCUGCUGGGAUUAUUACCGUCGCACCUGCAUGUGCUUCCUCUCGGAAGAGGAGAAGACGUCCCUCGCCGUGCACAACGCGAUCAAGAAGGAACUCAAGAACCAGAAGCGGAAGGAGCGGCGAGAGGUGAAAGUCCUUCUGUUGGGAACCGGCGAGAGUGGCAAAACUACCUUCAUCCGCCAGAUGAGGAUCAUCCACGGACGGGGCUUCUCAGAGGAGGAAAGGAAAGAAUUUGCUAAAUGCAUCUUCCAGAACAUCUUCACGGCCAUCAAGGCCAUGACAGGAGCCAUGAAAAUGCUUAAAAUUCCCUACUCCAACGCAGAAAACGAGUUCUAUGCCAGUAAGAUCGAGAAUGUGAAUCCAGUGCAGAUCACCAAGAUGGAUAGAGAUUAUGUGGAUGCUAUCCGCCGCCUCUGGGCCGACUCUGGCAUGCGGGUCUGCUACAGCCGACGCUGCGAGUACCAGCUACUGGACUCCACAGAAUACUACAUGAGCCAACUCGACCGCAUAGCAGAGCCGGACUACGUCCCCACAGAACAGGACGUGCUGAGGGUUCGAUUCCCCACCACGGGCAUCCACGACUAUGCCUUUACCAUCAACAAGAUUACACUCAGGAUCGUGGACGUAGGUGGUCAGAAAUCAGAGCGCCGGAAAUGGAUCCACUGCUUUGAGAACGUCACCUCGCUCAUCUUCCUGGCCUCCCUAAGCGAGUACGACCAAGUCCUGGAGGAGAGUGACACUACUAACCGCAUGGAGGAGAGCCUGGCUUUAUUCUACACCACCAUCCAUUCACCAUGGUUCCAUACCACCUCCAUCAUACUCUUCCUCAACAAAACUGACAUCCUGGCUGACAAAAUACUAACCUCUGACCUGAAGAAAUACUUCCCUGGCUUCACAGGCAAGACACAAGAUGCGGAAGAGGCCAAAAAAUACAUCCAGAAGCUGUACCAGCAGCAGACCAGGAACCCAAACAGCAGGGGGGAAGGGAAAAACUUCUACCUGCACCACACCUGUGCCACAGACACGGACAACAUUCGCAAGGUGUUCAGCGACAUUAAGGACACGGUGCUGCUAAAAUCUCUGCGGGAGUUUGGAAUCUUCUGAACUUUUAAAGGACUUAUUGUACGACUAUUUUUGGAAGGACGGUGAAAAUGAAGGCCAGCUUUUUAUUGCACAUGUGAAGGAGCCCGACACAUCUAUUUUCUGGAUUAGCACAAUUUGCAACAUGGGAAAUGAUGGAAAUACGAUGAGUUAUAUCUCCAUUAAAGGACAUUUUUUGUGUGUAAAAAGACACCAAAAUGAUAUAAUACUACCUUCACUUGAAAGCAACAGUUUGGAGGGAAAUGAAAACAAACAUACAAUUGUUUACAAUUACAUAGAACAGGGCACACGUAGCUAACAAUAGACAAUAACCACUGUUAAAACAACAAACACUCUUCGCUAACUCUUCAAAUUAACUGUGUACUAUUUAUGAUGUUUAAGAAGGGAAACAAAUUCCUUACUAGCUUCACAAAUAUGUCUAUAUUGUUUAUUACGUUUAUGUUUUUUGUUAGUCUUUUUACUCUAAUCAUCACUGCUUUUUGUUUUUUUAGGUGUUGAAUUUUUUUUUUGUCUUUUGUCAGGCACAUUGUUCACCACAUGCACAUCAACUGGGAUGAUGCAUCAGGAGUUUUUUGUGGGCAGAUUUUUGUGAAAGGAAGGGGGGGACUCUAAUAUUAAGAAAAAAAAAAUCAAAAACAUUUGAAGUUAUUUUUUUUCCUCUUAUUUGCAGAGAUUUAUAGGAAUAAAGUCAGAAAUAAUGAAAAAAUAA